AUGCCUACUCGAAAUGUCUCAGAAACUAACUUAAACAAUAAUUAGAGUAGAAACAAUACUAUAACUAUUCGUCAGAAUUCAUAAGCGAGUUCCAGGAAGCAAACCAAAGAUAAUGGCUAUCAUAGGAUUGCUUAUCAAUAGCAAAUUAAGAAAAACCAAAUUUCAUUAAAAAGAAAAAGGUCCGUUUCAUCAAUUUCAAGUACUUCUUCUAUGUAACAAUCAUUCAUGAAAAUGGAAGAGAAAAUGAAGAAAUUUAAAUUGAAUAAUCCUGAAAUAAUAGAUCAAAAAUAUAUGAUUUCUGGCUAUUUAGAAUUAAGCAAAGAUUACAAGAACUUGGUCUUUACAAUUAGAAAAUAUGGAUAAGAUUUGGACGCUUUGUUAAAAUUCGGACAGAAUGAUAUGAAGGAGGACAAUAUUUGCAAGGUGGAUUAAUUCUUUGAGAAGCAUUCUGAUUUGUUGUCAACUAAAGUAGACGAUUAUUUCAAAAUUAAGGAAAGUUUUUAUAGAUUUUUGAGAAUGAGGAUCUAAGAACCCUAUUAUUAUAGAGUAAAGAAGAAAUUACACUUGAUUGAGAAGCAGAAUCAAACCUUUUAAACUUUUCGAAUAUAUUUAGAUGCAUUUAAAUUUAUAAACAAAGACGGCUUUGAGUAUUUCAAAGACGACAUACAAUUGAUUAGGAGUUUCAAAAAACCUCCGACUCUAGAAAAUAUUGGUACACUUUUUAAUGAGAAAAUUGAAUAAUUAAGGGAUUAGAUUCUAAAAACACAAGAAUUGACUGAUGGGAAAUUACUAAGUUAAAUAUUUGACCAUAAAAUUGAAUAAAUUUAAAGAUGGAAAGAACAAAUUAUCAAGUUGGCUUAUUUUUAAUACAGUUUCAACAUUCAUUAUUUAUUGAAUACGAAUUCAAAAACUAGGAAGUACAUAAAAAGCAAAAAAUUAUAUGAACAAUUAUUUUAGAUUUUGGAGGAGACUGAUUAAUUUUUGAUUGAAAAUUAUACAAUUAAUUAAAUUUAUUCGGAGUAAAUUGCUUAAUUUAAGUGUGAUUUGAGUGAAAUUAAACAGCAAAUUCUGGAAUGGAAUAUCAAGUUGAGGGAGAAUGAAUUCUAUAAGUAAGUUUUAAGUUUAGUAAAGCAAAACAUUUAUCUGAAAUCAAUUAAUUAGCGAUUGGAGACUAUACUUUCAAUAAGAUCAUCGGAAGAGUAUGACUAAAGAAUGGAUGCAAAGGCAACGGACAUGAUAAUAAAGGCAAAGAUGCAAUUGCAGAAUAUAGUUCCCACAAUAUAGCAGAUAAAAUCAUGUCAAUAAAUCAAGGAUGAUGAAUACAUUCAGAAGUAAUUUAAUAAAUUUGUCUUAAUGAAGGAUUAUUUUUAGAAUUUAAAGAACGAGUUUGAAAUUUGAAUUAAUUAUUUAAUAUAA